AUGUCAAAAGGAGCCAUAACUCCGGAAUUGGAGAUCAAAACUAAGGCUCAGAAUCCUCCAAAGGAUCUGUCUAACGAUCGUCGUGCAUCUAUAUCUCCUACAGAGCUGACUUUAUUUUGUAACCAUAUCCAUGGCACGGAGCUGAAUUUAUUUUGUAACCAUAUCCAUCUGUUUAAGUCUCAGUUACUCUAUCGGCUUGUUGACUCGUAUGAACAAGUAUUACAGCCUUACAGUGAGGUUUUGCAUGGUGGUGUUUCCGAGAAGUCCUUACUUGCUCGGUUUAUCCACUGUCCUCCAGUGAACAAGUUGGAGGAGACGACGACGACGGCUACUACUACGGCUAUAAUUGAUUUUGAUGCUUUUGUGACUGGUGUCGACUCUUUUGCUCACAUGGACAGUACUCUUAAUAUGCCACGACAUAAGCCCCUUUCAUUGAUUAUGAACCAGCUUACAGAAACGACCCCUGUGAAUCAAUAUGGAGCUCAAGAUAUCCAACCAGCGGACCCAACUUUAUCUGGGAUAUCACUCGUGGAGCUUGAUAUUAUUAAGCUCACAGGGCAGUUCGUGGCUCGGUAUGGGCCUUCUUUUCAGCGGGCUUUGAUGAGGAGAGUGGCUAUGAAACCUCAGUUUGAGUUUUUGUAUUUUCGUCCGGCUUCGAUCCAGAGGAAGGAGUUUAUGGAGCAAACUGAAAGCAGUUUCAUUAAGUGGGAUGCUUGUACGGCGGCCCUUCUUGAGGAUUUUCUCGGCCUUCUACAAUUGGAGAAGCUGGAGGAGAGAGUGGAGACGGCUAUGAUUGAUUUGCAUGCUUUUGUGUGUGGUCUUGACUAUUUUACCUACUUGGAGGAUGUCUUUGCCACCACCUGA